AUGGAUAGCGGAAAUGAGAGUGGUACUGGUGGACCACCUCCGACUGUCAAAUUAGCCACUGAAACUGAUGUAAAAGAUUAUAUCGUUCUCAAUGUAUCUGCUCAAUUAGGCUUGACUGCUCCGGAAAUCGCCGCACUUGAUAUGCAAUUUUCAAGCGGAUCUGGAGCGCAAAGUUUGACUGAAUUUAUCGCCGAAAAUGAUAAACAUGUGUUGGUUGUUGAUAAGAUUAUUGCCAAAGGUAAAUAGUGUUCAAAACAAAAUAUGAUUGGUAUAUUAUUUAGAACAAGAAAGUGAAGAAGAAACUACUAAUGAGAAUACACGUUCCGCUGGUCCGGCAACUUUUCAAAUUCACAAUGGAUUGUUCUCAUCGGAUCGUUCGAUUGCUUCACUUUUCAUGAAACAUUCAGCUGUUAUUGAAGCCGAGAAACCAAUUGCUUUUCAAGUCAGAACUUUUAUGUAUGUUUUUUUUUUCUUUUUUCAUUGGAUCAUGUUCCAACUUUUUUUGCAGGCUUUCUGGUGGAAGUGCUUCUGAAGAACUUCAUCUUCUUAUGAAUCGAUUUGUUAAUCCAUAUUUCAAAUCAUUCAUAAAUCAAUCUGGAAGAGGAGAAAGAGAUGGAGACAAACUUGCUCCAACAGUUCAAAAGAAUUUCACCGAAGCUGAAGCUGCUCUUCUCCAUCUUCAACAAAAUAUUGAUAUUCCUGAUAUUAAUUUGGAAAUUCAUCCAAAGAUUCUUGCAGUUAUUGAAAAAGCCCAGAAAGAAAAUCGAAGAGCUAAAAUUGAGGAUCUUGGAGAUAUUGUUGAGGAUACAACAUUUUUGAAUGAACUUCAAAAUGGGUGUAAUAAAUGGUUGAAGGAAAUCAAGAAAGUGACAAAUUUGGAGAGAGAUGCUGCAUCGGGUACUUCUUUACAAGAAAUUACAUUCUGGUUGAAUUUGGAAAGAGGACUUUUGAAGAUUUUGCAAAAAAGAGAAUCUGAAGAGGUUUCUUUGACAUUGGAUGCGUUGAAAUGCGGAAAACGGUUCCAUGCAACAGUUGGAUUUGAUAGUGACACUGGAUUGAAGCCAAAAUUAGCAAUGGUCACUGAUUAUAAUACAAUGAUGAAGGAUUUCCCAUUGAAUGAACUUGUUUCGGCAACUGAUGUUCCUAAAUUACAACAAGCGGUUCUUGGAAUAUUUGUGCAUUUGAAGAAAUUGCGAUCGACUAAAUAUCCAUUACAAAGAGCUUUGAGAUUGGUUGAAGCGAUUUCGAGAGAUUUGAAUUCGCAAUUAUUGAAAGUUCUUUCAUCAUAUCGAUUAAUGCAUAUUCCAAUCAACGAAUUCAAUGAUAUUAUGCAACAAUGUCAAGCAUUAUUCAGUAAAUGGGAUGAUGAAUUUGAUAAAUUUAUUGCACUUCUUCGUGAUAUUAACAAGAAAAAACGAGAUGAUCCGUCAAAAUUAUCAUGGAAAGUAACAGCAGUUCAUAAAAGAUUGGAACAAAGAUUGAUGCAAGUUAUGCAAUUCAGAAAACAACAUGAACAAUUCCGAACUGUUAUUGAAAGAGUUUUGAGACCAAUUGGAAAAUCAUCACAAAAAUCGAAGGAAAAGAUUAUUAUUAUGGAAGGUGAAAAAUCGCCAGAUGAGCAAGUUGAUAUUGCUUAUGAAUAUUUGAAAAAUGUUGACUUUUUGGAUGUUGAUAGCAAUGCUUGGGAAACAUCUUUCAAACGGUGAGGAAAAAUGAGUUUUUUGUUAGUAAAAGUUAUAAACGUCAAUUUUUCCAGAUAUGAAGAGCAAAUUGGUGUUGUUGAAUCAGCAAUUACAACUCGUUUGAAGUCCCAAUUGGAAUCAUCGAAUAAUUCAAAUGAAAUGUUUUCGAUUUUCCGUUGUUAUAAUGCUCUUUUCAUACGUCCACGUAUUCGCGGUGCCAUUUAUGAAUAUCAAACUCGUUUGAUCACUCGAGUCAAAGAUGAUAUCAAUGCUCUUCAAGAAGGAUUCACAAAAUCGCGAGGAGAAGAAAGAGUUCGAAGAAUGCAACACUGUGCGAUUCCACCAUUUUCUGCCAAAAUUAUCUGGAUCAAAAACUUUGAAAGACAAAUCAAUUUGUAUAUGAAAAGAGUUGAAGAUGUUUUGGGAAAACAAUGGGAAAAUCAUGUUGAUGGAAGACAAUUGAAAGCCGAUGGAGAUAAUUUCAAAGUUAAAUUGAAUACUCAACCAAUGUUUGAUGAAUGGAUCGAAACUGUUCAGGCACAAAAUUGGGAUGUUCCGACGAAAAUUUUGACAGUUGAAAGAACUCAGAUUGAAGGAAAAGUUCGACUUAUUAUGAAAGUCAAUUUCCAUCCCGAUUGUUUUAUUCUUUUCAAAGAGGUUUGUAGAAUUCUCUUGAAUUUAUCCGGAAAAUUCAAAUUUUUCAGGUAAAUCAAUUGAAAUCGAUGGGUUUCCGAGUUCCAUUGAAGAUUGUUAAUUGGGCUCAUCAUGCAAAUCAACUUCAUCCAGCUGCAACUGCUUUGAUCGAAGCGAUUCGAACUUUCCAUGCUGUAAAUGCUGCUUUGGCUUCUGUGAAAGGAGUUGAUUCACUUUUGGCUAGUUAUCGAAAAGAUAUUCAACAACAAUUGUUGGAAGGAGCUGCGUUGACUUGGGAUUCUUAUAAAUUGGAACAAUAUCAUAUUAAACUUGCGCAAACUGUUAACACUUAUCAGGUAAAUGCUAAAAAUUAAGAAUUAAUUUUCAUACGUGACGUGAACUCUACUUAAUUUUUAAAAAUAAAAUUUCAUUUCUCAAUAAAAAAAAAACAAAUCAAAUUCUGCCAAAUGUUCAUUUUAUUUAUUUUUACAGGAACGCGAAGAGGAAUUGUUAAAUAUUGUUCGUAGAAUCAAUUCGGACGUCGAAGCAUUGAAAAAUUGCAAUUAUGACGGAGAAACAUUCAAGAAUUUAUUGGCUUCAGUUCAAAAAGGAGUUGAUCAAUUAUCAUUAGGAAAUUAUUCGAAUUUGGCACAAUGGGUCACAAAAUUGGACAAAGAAAUUGAAACAAUUUUGGCGCGAAGAGUUGAAGAUGCAAUUCGAGUUUGGACUUUGGUAUUCUCACAAUCGGAACAAGUUGAAGAAUUGAGAGAAAAUAAUAUUGCUUUACCAAAUGUGAAAUCAGUUGUAAUUGAUUUGUGCAUGACUGCUCAAACACUUUAUAUUAGUCCAAGUACACAAGAAACAAGAGAGAAAUUAUUGGAAGAAUUCACUGAAUGGCAUAGUAUUUGUUCGGCUCAACAAAGAAUUAGUGGAACACGUUUCCAAAUGAUGAUCAAUGAUGACGCCGAACCAGAAACUUAUGAGAAUAUUUUGAAUGUUUUACCAGAAGGUUCAAAAGUUCUUGAUGCGGCAAAUGAAUGUGUCAAUAAAAUAAUGGCGGAUAUUGAAGAAUAUUUGAGUGAAUGGCUUAGUUAUCAAUCAUUGUGGGUUCUUCAAGCUGAACAAAUGUUUGAAAGUUUGGGAACUGAUUUAUCGAAAUGGAUGAAAACAUUGACUGAAAUUCGAAGAGGAAGAUUGGUUUUUGAUACACAAGACACGAGAAAAGCGAUAUUCCCAGUAUUUAUUGAGUAUGGAAAAGCUCAACAAAAGAUUUUGUUCAAAUAUGAUUAUUGGCAUAGAGAAAUGUUGGUCAAAUUUGGAUCUGUUGUUGGUGAGCACACUUUUUAGAACACCUGGAGUUAUGACGUGGAAAAUCAGGUGUUUUGUCGAAAACCUGGUCUUUAGAGUGCUGAAUUUUUUUCAGAGAAACUAUUUCAGAAUUCUGAGUUUACAACGUCUUCAGAAUUUUUGUUUUCACCAAACUCUCAGAAAAUAUUUCUACGAGACCUCAAAGUUUCCUUCUUAAUCUUAUUUUUUCCAGCCGAUGAAAUGCAAAAGUUCUACAACAGUGUUUCGAAAUGGCGAAAUGUUCUCGAAACUCAAUCGGUCGAUGGCGGUUCAACUGCUGAUACAAUCAGUCUCAUCUCAUUUGUUCAAUCAUUGAAAAAACAAACAUCUUUGGGACAAGAAGCUGUUGAUUUGUAUAAAUCAUCGCAAAGAUUGUUGAAUCAACAAAGAUAUCAAUUCCCAACUCAAUGGUUGGCAUCGGAAAAUGUUGAAGGAGAAUGGCUUGCGUUUGCGGAAAUUUUGAGUUUGAGAGAUGCUUCAAUUCAAACACAGGUUUGCAGUUUUCGUUAUAAAUUCCAUAAAAAUGGAAAUCUUAAUUCAUUAUUCAAACCUUCAGAUGAUGAAUCUUCAAACCAAAUUUGCACAAGAAGAUGAACUUGUUGAAAAACGAACCGUUGAAACAUUGACCGAAUGGAAUAAAAAUAAGCCAGUCGAAGGAGCUCAAAGACCACAAGAUGCUUUGAAUGUUAUCACUGCAUUUGAAGCAAAACUCAAUAAAUUGACAGAAGAAAGAAAUAAAAUGAGAAAAGCGCGAGUUGCUUUAGAUUUAUCAGACAGUGCACAUGCACCAUCAGAAAGAGAUAAAUUAUCAGUUGCAGCUGAAGAAUUAUCUGAUAUGAAAGAUGUUUGGAAAGCAUUGCAACCAAUUUAUUCGGGAAUUGAUGAAGCCAAGGAGAAAACAUGGUUCUCUGUGCAACCGCGAAAAAUUCGACAAUCUUUGGAUGAAUUGAUGAAUCAAUUGAAACAGUUGCCAGUCAAAUGUAGAACUUAUAAAAGUUAUGAACACGUCAAACAAAUGUUGCACACUUAUGGAAAAAUGAAUAUGUUGGUGGCUGAAUUGAAAUCGGAAGCAUUGAAAGAACGACAUUGGCAACAAAUGACGAAAGAAAUGAGAGUUAAUUGGAAUAUGAGUGAUUUGACAUUGGGACAAGUUUGGGAUGCUGAUAUUUUGAGGUUGGUUCUUUUUUUUUAAAUUUCCCUCGAUUUAGAAGCCAGGAAAUAUUAGCAAUAUAUGAUUUUCCUCACAGAAUUCCAAAAAUUACCCUUUUUCUUCCAGACAUGAAAACACAAUCAAAAAAAUCUUAUUGGUUGCUCAAGGAGAAAUGGCACUCGACGAAUUCCUUCGAGAAAUGCGCGAAUAUUGGCAAAAUUAUGAAGUUGAACUGAUCAAUUAUCAAAAUAAGACGAGAUUGAUCAAAGGAUGGGAUGAUUUGUUCAAUAAAUUGAAAGAACAUCAAAAUUCAUUGUCAGCUAUGAAAUUGUCGCCAUAUUAUAAGCAAUUUGAAGAGGUUUGUUGGAUAUAAAGAGAAAAGGCUCUUUUUAUGGCUAAAAAUCAUAAAUCUAAACUUUUGUUUGUAGAAUGCUCAAUCUUGGGAUGAAAAAUUGAACAAAAUCAAUGCAAUGUUUGAUGUUUGGAUUGAUGUUCAAAGAAGAUGGGUUUAUCUCGAAGGAUUGUUCUCUGGAUCUGCUGAAAUUGCAACACUCUUACCUUUCGAAAGCUCGCGAUUCUCAACAAUCACAACAGAUGUUUUGGCUCUUAUGAAAAAAGUGGCAGCUUCUCCCCGAAUUUUGGAUGUUGUAAACAUGCAAGGAGCACAAAGAUUACUUGAAAGAUUGGCUGAUAUGUUGGCAAAGAUUCAAAAAGCAUUGGGAGAAUAUUUGGAGCGAGAAAGAUCGAGUUUUCCACGUUUCUAUUUUGUUGGAGAUGAAGAUUUGUUGGAAAUUAUGGGAAAUAGUAAAGAUAUAACAAGAAUUCAGAAGCAUUUGAAGAAGAUGUUUGCUGGAAUCACUGCGAUUGAUGUGAAUGAGGAAGAUAUGACAAUAAUUGCAUUCCAUAGUCGAGAAGGUGAAAAAGUUGAAUUGGUUAAACCAGUUGUGACAAAAGAAACACGAAUCAAUGAUUGGUUGCAAGCUUUGGAAUCUGAAAUGAAACACACUUUGGCUAGAAAUUUGGCUGGAUCACUUCAACAUUUCUCGAAAAUGGAUAUUAAUUCAAUGUCGCAAGAUGCUUAUAAUGAAUGGUUGGAUAAAUAUCCGACACAAGUUAUUACACUAACUGCUGAAAUUUGGUGGUGUGAUGAGAUGGAAAAAACGUUGGCUGAUGGAAAAAGUGCGGAUAUUGUUGAGAAAUUGGUGGUGAAGACUUUGGAAUUGUUGGCGGAUAGUGUUUUGAAAGAACAACCAGCGAUUAGAAGAAAGAAAAUGGAAGCUUUGGUGGGUUUUUGUUGAAAUAUGGAUAUUUGGAAAAUGUGGAUUUUUAUCGAAGAAAUCUGCUGAAAAUUUGGAAAAUUGAGGAUAUUCAAUCGAAAAUCGAAUUUUUCGUGAUAAAUGUUGAAGUUUCAUUUUUUUGCGAAGAAAAUUGACGGCGUAAACGCGGAUUGAUAUUUUUUUUAUCCAAUUUUCCCAUUUAAAAUUUCACCAUAACCCGAAUUUUCCAACGAUACUCCGUGUUGACGCCGUCGAUUUUUUCUCUCAAAAUUGAUGUUCGAAUUUUUUUUCGAAAAAAUCGAUUUUUUCCUUCAAAAAUCUGAAUGCUCUAGAUAUUAAUUUCAAAAAAUUUCGAAAUUUACAUGUUUUAUUUUCAGAUCACUGAACUUGUUCAUAAACGUGAUGCUUGUCGUAAAUUGGCUGCGAAGAAAAUCAAAGCUGCAAAUGAUUUUGGAUGGUUGCAAUGUAUGAGAUUCUACUUUGAUCCUAAACAGGUAUUCAUUUAUUUUUUUGUCUCCCAAUUUUCCUCAUUGCUCAUAUUAUUCUUUUAGGUUGAUCCAGUUCGUUGUUGUGUUGUCAAAAUGGCAAAUGCUCAAUUCUUCUAUGGUUUUGAAUAUUUGGGAAUACAAGAGAGAUUAGUUCGAACACCUCUUACUGAUAGAUGUUAUUUGACAAUGACACAAGCAUUGCAUUCACGUCUCGGUGGUUCGCCAUUCGGUCCAGCUGGAACUGGAAAAACUGAAUCUGUAAAAGCACUCGGACAUCAACUCGGAAGAUUUGUUCUCGUUUUCAAUUGCGAUGAAACAUUUGAUUUCCAAGCGAUGGGAAGAAUUUUGGUUGGAUUGUGUCAAGUUGGAGCAUGGGGUUGUUUUGAUGAAUUCAACAGAUUGGAAGAACGCAUGUUGUCUGCUGUUUCACAACAAAUUCAAACAAUUCAAGAAGCUGUUCGGGCUGGAGGUGAUAUGAGUAUUGAUUUGGUUGGAAAACGAUUGAAUGUCAAUGCGAAUAUUGGUAUCUUCAUCACAAUGAAUCCUGGAUAUUCGGGAAGAUCUAAUCUUCCUGACAAUCUCAAACAAUUGUUCCGAAGUUUGGCAAUGACUCAACCCGAUAGACAAUUGAUUGCUCAGGUUAUGCUAUUCUCGCAAGGAUUCAGAACCGCUGAAACGUUGGCCAACAAAAUUGUACCAUUGUUUAUUUUGUGCAAAGAGCAACUUUCUGAUCAAUGUCAUUAUGAUUUUGGACUUCGUGCAUUGAAAUAUGUUCUAGUAUCAGCUGGAAAUAUCAAACGAGAUAAAUUGGAUAAAAUUGGAUCGGCUGCAUUGGAAGAUAUUGCCGAACAACAAAUGUUGAUUCAAUCAGUUUGUGAAACACUUGUUCCGAAAUUGGUCAAUGAAGAUAUUGCAUUAUUAUUCUCAUUAUUAAGUGAUGUUUUCCCUGGAAUUCAUUAUACACCAAAUCAAAUGACUGAACUUCGACAACAAUUAUCAACAGUUUGUGAUGAGCAUUUAUUGCAAUAUUCGGAUAUUCAAGGUGAAAUGGGAUCGAUGUGGUUGGAUAAAGUAUUGCAAUUGUAUCAAAUCACUAAUUUGAAUCAUGGUUUAAUGUUGGUUGGAUCAAGUGGAAGUGGAAAAACAAUGGCGUGGAAAGUGUUGUUGAAAGCAUUGGAAAAAUGGGAAAAUGUUGAGGGUGUUGCUCAUGUUAUUGAUGCAAAAGCGAUGAGCAAAGAUUCGCUUUAUGGUGUGAUGGAUCCGAAUACAAGAGAAUGGACUGAUGGAUUAUUCACAUCCAUUAUUAGAAAGUUGGUUCUUUUUUUGGAAUUUUUGCGGGAAAAAAUUGGAACUGGCUGAAAAAAAUUAAGAAAUCAACAUUUUGGCUCUGAAAUGUAUUAUGACAAAUUUUUUUCAAAAAUUUAAAAUUUCAAGUUUCAACACACAUUUCAAGUUUCAACACACGUCAGUCGCAAAAUUACCUGGUCUAAAACCUUUGUUUUUUUCCAGAAUCAUUGAUAAUGUUCGAGGUGAAGCUGAUCGUCGUCAAUGGAUUAUUUUCGAUGGAGAUGUUGAUCCGGAAUGGGUUGAAAAUUUGAAUUCAGUGCUCGAUGACAAUAAAUUAUUAACACUACCAAAUGGAGAACGUCUUUCAAUUCCACCAAAUGUUCGAAUUAUCUUCGAAGUCGCCGAUUUGCAAUACGCAACACUUGCAACAGUUUCGCGAUGUGGAAUGGUUUGGUUUAGUGAAGAAGUUGUCACAUCUGAAAUGCUACUUGAAAGAUAUUUAUCAAUGUUGAGAAAAGUUCCAUUGGAUUCAGAUAAUGUUGUUAGUUUUUCAUCAUCAAAUGCUCCCGUUAAUAUGUUGGCUGAUGAUGCGAAACCAACUCGAGCGAUUGAGAUUCAACGAACUGCUGCUCUAUCACUUCAAUCACAUUUCUCACCCGAUGGAAUUGUUCCGGGAUCGCUGAAAUAUGCUGUUACUGAAUUGGAACAUAUUAUGCCACCAACAUCUCAAAGAUUACUCUCCUCGUUCUUUUCGAUGAUGUCAUAUUCGAUUCGAAAAAUGAUUUCGCAUGAUGAAGGAUUGAUUGAUUUUUCGGUUGAAUUGGAUCAGAUUCAAAACUUUGUGCUGAAAUCAAUGUUGACGAAUUUGGUUUGGGCUUUUAGUGGAGAUGGAAAAUGGAAAGCCAGAGAGCAAAUUAGUGAUUUUAUUCGACAAACUACAACUAUUACAUUGCCACCAAAUCAACAGGUCAGAUAAGUUUGAAGAAUUUUGUGCCAAAAAAAUUAUUUCUAAAAAUUAGGUUGUGAAAAUCUUGAUUCAAAAAUUCCACUAAAAUUCAAAUUCCUCGAAUCAGGAAUUAAUCUGAAAUUUGAAAGAAUGUAAAAACAAUCGUUUAAUAAUCCAAAUUAUUUUCCAAAAAAUUGAGGAAACUUUGAAACAGUGACUUUUUUUAUUCUAAAAAAAAUUUCGAAAAAAUAAGAUGUUUCUUACAAGGGAAGUGCAUAAGGGUAGGUGUUGAACUUUUUGUGCAAUUUGGUACACAUAUAGAUUCGAACCUGCUGAUCUUGAAUCUGUUUUCAAAAAUUGCCACAAGUGCACCCAAAUGGUGUUUUGCGCCAUCAAAAAAUCACAAUUUUUUCUUCGUUUCAUAUAUCAAACAUUUGCAGCGAGGAAGAACAGGAGCGCGUAGCCGAGUGGCAAACACGCACGUCUCUUAAAUUUUAGGUCAUGGGUUCGAUCCCGCACCAAGGCAAACUUUUUUUUUCAAUUUUUUUUUCAAAUCCAUUUAUGAUAACUUGUCAAAAUACGUUAUAAUAUUUAUGAUAACUGGUCGCAAAUGUUUUGAUUUGGAAAAAAAUUAGUGAAUGUUGCGUUCAAAAGGCAGAUGACUUUUAUUUUGAAACAAAAAAACCAAUAAGAAUGGAAUGAAAAUGGAACUGAAAAAUGUUCUGAAUUUUUUUAAUUGUUAUGUUUCCAUGAUUUUGUUUUUUGUUUUCAUAAAUGGAUUUGCAAAAAAAAAGUUUGCCUCGAAGCGGGGUCGAUCCCAUAACCUAAAAUUUCAAAGACGUGAGUGUUUACCACUCGGCUACGCGCUCCUGUUUUUCCUGCCUGCAAAUGUUUGAUAUAUGAAACGAGGAAAAAAUGGUGAAUUUUCGAUGGCGCCAAACUGCUUUUGGGUGCACUUGUGGCAAUUUUUGAAAACGAAUUCGAGAUCAGCGGGUUCGAAUCUAUAUGUGUACUAAAUUGCAAAAAAAGUUCAACACCUAACCUUAUGCACUUCCCUUGUUAAAAAUCUGUUUCCUAGUCAUAAUUUCCACCUUCAGUUGCAAUUGCAUUUUUUCCAAAAAUCAGUAAACAUUUUGAAACAGUACAUUUUUUGAAUCAGAAAAGAAUUGAAAUUUUCUUGAAAAUUUAUUUCCAAGGCAUGUUCACACUCAUAAAAAUGCGAAUUUUCAGAAAUUCCUAAUUUGAAAUAUUUAUCAAAAAUUGUUUUUGAAGGAAUUUUUAAGUUUUGCUUUUCUUAUUUCAUUGUGCUCACGCUUGUUCUGCUUCAAAAAUACAUCGUUUCCCAAAAUUCCUCAUUUUCAGGCUUGCCUCAUUGAUUAUGAAGUUCAAUUGAAUGGAGAUUGGCAACCAUGGUUGGCUAAAGUUCCAACGAUGGAAAUUGAAGGUAAUUUCUUCCCCCCCCCCUUUUCACACCUCAUUCUCAAUAUUUUUCCAGCUCAUCGUGUUGCUGCAGCUGAUCUUGUUGUUCCAACAAUCGAUACAGUUCGACACGAAAUGUUACUUGCUGCUUGGUUGGCUGAACAUAAACCACUUGUACUUUGUGGUCCACCGGGUUCUGGUAAAACAAUGACAUUAUUAGCCGCACUCCGCUCACAACAAGAUAUGGAUGUUGUAAAUGUGAAUUUCUCAUCUUCAACAACACCCGAAUUACUUUUGCGAACUUUCGAUCAUUAUUGUGAAUAUCGUCGAACUCCGAAUGGUGUUGUUUUGGCGCCAGUUCAAAUGUCACAAUGGCUUGUCAUAUUCUGUGAUGAAAUCAAUUUACCAUCACCGGAUAAAUAUGGAACACAAAGAGUUAUCAGUUUCCUUCGACAACUUGUUGAAUUGAAUGGAUUUUAUCGAACAUCUGAUCAUAGUUGGGUAUCACUUGAACGUAUUCAAUUUGUUGGAGCAUGUAAUCCACCAACAGAUCCAGGAAGACAUCCAAUGACAUCUCGAUUCCUUCGACAUGUUCCAAUUGUUUAUGUCGAUUAUCCGGGACAAACAUCAUUGAUGCAAAUCUAUGGAACAUUCAAUCGAGCAAUGUUGAAAAUGACACCAGCUGUUCGUGGAUUGGCUGAACAAUUGACAAGUGCAAUGGUUGAUGUGUAUCUAGCAAGUCAAGAACAUUUCACACAAGACGAUCAGCCGCAUUAUGUUUAUUCGCCAAGAGAAUUGACGAGAUGGGUUAGAGGAAUUUCGGAAGCGAUUACACCAUUGGAAUCAUUGUCGGCUGAACAACUUGUUCGAUUAUGGGCACAUGAAGCGAUUCGAUUGUUCCAAGAUCGAUUGGUUUCCGAAGAAGAACGAGUUUGGACCGAUAAUUUGGUUGAUGAAACUGCUGAAAAGUUUGUUUUUUUAUUUAAUUUGGAAAAAUAUCAUUUGGGAUUUCAAGAACCAGUUGAAACAUUCAAUUUUAGAAAAUUUUGAACCUUUUUUAACUACGAAAAACUCGGUUCAUGUCUCUUUUCAUAUUCCCAAAGACUUCUAACAUUCCUCUCCAAAUUCUUCUUUACCCAAUAUUUUUUUCAGAUACUUUGGAAACACAUGUCGUAUUCAAGAAGCUCUUCAAAGACCACUUUUGUAUUCUUGUUGGAUGUCUCGUAAUUAUGUUCCAGUUACACGCGAAGAACUUCAAGAUUAUGUAUCAGCUCGUCUCAAAGGAUUCUACGAAGAAGAACUCGAUGUGAAAUUGGUACUUUUCGAUCAAAUGCUCGAUCAUGUUCUUCGAAUCGAUCGAAUUUAUCGACAAUCACAAGGACAUUUAUUAUUAAUCGGAACCGCUGGAGCUGGAAAGACUACACUUUCGAGAUUUGUUGCCUGGUUAAAUGGACUUAGUGUGUUCCAAUUGAAGGUGCAUUCGAAAUAUACGGCUGCUGAUUUUGAUGAAGAUAUGAGAACUGUUUUGAGAAGAGCUGGUUGUAGAAAUGAGAAACUGUGUUUUAUUAUGGAUGAAUCAAAUAUGUUGGAUACUGGAUUCUUGGAAAGAUUGAAUACUUUAUUAGCAAAUGGUGAAGUUCCGGGAUUAUUUGAAGGAGAUGAACAUACAACACUUAUGACACAAAUAAAGGAAGGAGCACAAAGACAGGGAUUGAUUUUGGAUAGUCAUGAUGAAUUGUACAAAUGGUUCACACAACAAGUUAUGCGAAAUUUGCAUGUUGUAUUCACGAUGAAUCCAUCUGGAAGUGGUUUGAGAGAACGAGCUUCCACUUCGCCAGCUUUGUUUAAUCGAUGUGUUUUGAAUUGGUUUGGAGAUUGGAGUGAUAAUGCAUUGUAUCAGGUAACACAUACGUUUUUUUUAAUUUUGCCACGUAGAUUUUUAGAGCUGAAAUUGUUGAAGUUUCAAAUUCAAAUUCUUGUUUUUUUUGAACCUCAAAAUUAUCGUUAUCCUCAGAAUUUCAUAAAAUCCCCAAAUCAUUCUUCCAAAAUCCUUCUCUCUCAAAAUAUCAAAUUUAUAGGUUGGUUCGGAACUUACGAAAACAAUGGAUAUUGAUCGAACUGAUUAUGAAGGAUCUGUUCGUUUAACACCAUCUUGUGAACUUGUUCCAAAAGAGCCAAAUUAUCGUGAUGCAGUUGUUAAUACACUUUGUUUGGUCCAUAAAACUGUCAAGAAAUUCAACGAAAUUGAACUCAAAAAAGGACAUCGUGUUAUGGCUGUAACACCUCGACAUUUCUUGGAUUUCAUCAAACAAUUCAUGUCUUUGUUCCAUGAAAAACGAUCGGAUUUGGAAGAAGAAAAGAUUCAUUUGAAUAUUGGAUUGAAUAAGAUUUCGGAAACUGAAGAACAAGUCAAAGAAUUGCAAAAAAGUUUGCAUUUGAAGAGUCAAGAAUUGGAGGAGAAAAAGAAUGCAGCAAAUUUGAAAUUGAAAGAAAUGUUGGGAGAUCAACAAAAAGCGGAAGAAGAAAAGAGGUUAUCAGAACAAUUACAAAAAGAAUUGGCUGUACAAUUGGAACAAAUGGCAACCAAAAAAACUGUUGUUGAAAGUGAUUUAGCACAAGUUGAACCAGCUGUUGCGGAAGCACAAACUGCUGUACAAGGAAUCAAGAAGAGUCAAUUGGUCGAAGUGAAAACAAUGGCAAGUCCACCGGUUACUGUAAAAUUAACAUUGGAAGCAAUUUGUAUUUUAUUGGGUGAAAAUGUUGGAACUGAAUGGAAAGCAAUUCGACAAGUUAUGAUGAAAGAAGAUUUUAUGACAAGAAUUUUGCAAUUUGAUACGGAUAGUAUAUCGAAUGAUAUUUUGAAACAAAUGGAAAAGUAUAUACAAAAUCCAGAUUGGGAAUUCGAUAAAGUGAACAGAGCUUCUGUUGCGUGUGGACCUAUGGUGAAAUGGGCAAGAGCACAAUUAUUAUAUUCAACAAUGUUGCAUAAAGUUGAACCAUUGAGAAAUGAAUUGAACAGAUUGGAAAAGGAAGCAGCAAAGAAAACGGAAGAAGGAAAAGUUGUUGAUGUGAGAAUAAUUGAAUUAGAAGAAAGUAUUGGAAAAUAUAAAGAAGAAUAUGCACAAUUGAUUGGACAAGCUGAAAAUAUCAAACAAGAUUUAUUGAGUGUUCAAGAGAAGGUGAAUAGAUCGACUGAAUUGUUGUCAUCAUUGAGAUCGGAAAGAGAUCGAUGGUCGUCGGGAAGUGAUGGAUUCUCACAACAAAUGGAUUCACUUGUUGGAGAUGCACUUAUGUCAAGUGCAUUUUUGGCAUAUGCUGGAUAUUAUGAUCAAAUGGUUUGUUUUUUUGAGAAUUUUGAAAAUUAGUUUGCGAAAUUGGUAUUUGAUGAGAGUAUUUUUCGUUUUUGGUCAAAAAUUGGUCAAAAAUAGAGUUUUAUUCAUUUUUUAAAAAUUUGAUUUGAAACCUCAAAAAAACAUUAUAUUUUUUCGAAAAAUUCUAAUAAUGUGCAAUAAGUUCUUUUUUUCAUCAUUUCCAUCUUUUAUUUUCAAUUUUUUGCAGCUUCGUGAUGAAAUCUUCCAUAAAUGGUUCAGUCAUGUUUGUGAUGCCGGUGUUCAUUUCCGCCAUGAUUUGGCUCGCAUCGAAUAUUUGUCAACAGUCGAUGAUCGUCUCCAAUGGCAACUCAAUUCUCUUCCAGUUGAUGAUUUGUGCACUGAAAAUGCAAUUAUGCUCCAUCGUUUCAAUCGAUAUCCAUUAAUUAUUGAUCCAUCUGGACAGGCAAUUGAAUAUAUUAUGAAACAGUUUGCUGGAAAGAAUAUUCAGAAAACAUCGUUUUUGGAUGAUUCAUUCAGGUUGGUUUGUUUUAUUGAUUAAAGUUUAACAAUAAGACAUUUUAUCACAAAAAUUAGCCUGUGUCGGAAAGUUGAAACCCGAAAAACGGAAAAAUUCUGAAAAAUUGAAAAAAAUGUCCAAAAAUAUUUUUUUUUAGUUUAGGCAAUAUUGAAGACAUUAUUAUAAAAAUAAUUUUCCGCAUUUUUCGAGCACAUUUUUCGGAAUACCGGAAAAUUUCCGACACAGGCUGUAUUAGCCCCUUUUUACUACUUGAAUUUCAAAAUUCACAUGGUUAAUUUUUUGCAGAAAGAAUCUUGAAUCUGCUCUCCGAUUCGGUAAUUCAUUAUUGGUUCAAGAUGUUGAAGCAUAUGAUCCAAUUUUGAAUCCAGUUCUCAAUCGAGAAGUCAAACGAGCUGGUGGCCGAGUUUUGAUAACUCUUGGCGAUCAAGAUAUCGAUCUUUCACCUUCAUUCCAAUUGUUCAUGAUUACACGUGAUUCAACUGUCGAAUUCUCUCCGGAUAUUUGUUCGAGAGUUACAUUUGUCAAUUUCACCGUUACAUCAUCUUCUCUCGCAAGUCAAUGUUUGAAUCAAGUAUUGAGAAGUGAAAGACCAGAUGUGGAUAAGAAACGAAAUGAUUUGUUGAAAUUACAAGGGGAAUUUGCUGUUAGAUUGAGACAUUUGGAAAAAGCAUUAUUGGCUGCAUUGAAUGAAAGUAAAGGAACUAUUUUGGAUGAUAAUUCGGUUAUUGAAACAUUGGAAAAAUUGAAAAAUGAAGCGGCUGAAGUUGCACAAAAAUCAGCGGAAACUGAUAAAGUUAUGGCAGAAGUUGAUGCUGUUUCAGCACAAUAUCAAAGACUUGCAACAGCUUGUUCACACAUUUAUCACGCACUUCAACAACUCAACGAAAUUCAUUUCCUCUAUCAUUAUUCGCUUGAUUUCUUGGUCGAAAUCUUCACACAUGUUCUGAAAACACCCGAAUUGGCGAAUAGCUCAGAUUAUGCGGCAAGAUUGCGAAUCAUCACGACGAGUUUGUUCCAAACUGUAUUCAGACGGGUUUCGCGUGGAAUGUUGCACACGGAUAAAGUAUUAUUGGCUCUUUUGUUGAUGAGAAUUCAUAUUCGAUCGAAUCCAGCACAUCCAGCUUAUGAACAACAUUUUGAUGUUUUGUUGGGAAGAUCGGAUUUGGUGCAAAAGAAGGGUAAGGAAAUAUGGGGGACGUGGGAAAUCUGUAAUUUUCAACAUGAAAACGGAAAAAUUCAGAUUUUUUCUUCAUUUUGAACUCGGAUUUCAUGUGAGCAAUCAGAAAUCCUAAUUUCAGCUCAGAUUUUGAAUUAAAUCCUGAUCUUGUACAUCUCAAUCAAUUACAUUCAUCAUCUGAGCUACUUCCCAAAUUUUUGAAAAUUAAAUUUCAGCUCAGAUUUUUAUUCCAGAAUUCAAAAUCUCAAUCAAUUACAUUUUUGCCCAAUCCAUAAACUCAAAAUUCUAGAAAAAUUAUCGUAAAAAUCAAUUUUUCCACGUCAUGACCUUUUUUUCCAAAAAUUUUGAAUUCACACCUUUAUCUGAGGGAUGAACUUACAGUAAACCAACUUCCAAAAAACCCAAGUGAAAAAUCUGAAGCUUUCCUGACAUGUUUUUUAUUAUACAUAUUAUUGUUUUUUCCAGAUGAACUUGAUGCUGCAAUUCCUGCCGGACUCGAUUUCCUUCCAAUGGAAAAGAAAAGACAAUUGGCGAAAAUUCGAAAAGUUGAUGGAUUCGAAAAUGUUUUCGCCAAAAUUCAAUCGAAUCAAUCGGCUGUUUCUGAAUGGUUAUCCCACGACAAUCCAGAAUCUAAUGUUCCAGUUAUUUGGGAAGAUUCGGAAAAUAAAUUGAGUAAGAGGAAUAAUUCUGAAAAAAUCAAAUAAAAAACUAAUUGUUUUUGCAGCUCCAUUAUGUGUUGCAAUGAAUUCAUUGAUUUCAAUCCACGCACUUCGACCAGAUCGACUUAUGGCAUCUGCACAUCGUGUUGUUUCGACAGCUUUUGAUGAGAAUUUCAUGCAACAAGACAAAGUUGUUGAUAUUGUCACAAUUGUUGAUCACGAAGUUUCACCAUCUGAACCGGUUUUGUUAUGUUCAGCGACUGGAUAUGAUGCAUCAGGAAGAAUUGAGGAUUUGGCAGUUGAAACAAAUCGACAAAUCACAUCAAUUGCAAUCGGUUCGGCUGAAGGUUUUAGUCAAGCGGAUUCGGCAUUGAAUGCGGCAACAAAAUCGGGAAGAUGGGUGUUGUUGAAGAAUGUGCAUUUGGCACCAAGUUGGUUGGCACAAUUAGAGAAACGAUUGCAUUCGAUGAAACCGCAUGCACAAUUUAGAUUGUUUUUGACUGCUGAAAUUCAUCCAAAGGUUCGUUUUUUUCGAGGGUUGGGGGAGGGGGAAAAGCUGAAUUUUUGAUGAGGAAAAAAUUAAGAGAUGAAAAUACUCUGAAUUUAUUAAAAUUCUAAAUUCUAAACAAAACCUGUUUAUUUUUGCAGCUUCCAUCAUCAAUUCUUCGAGCUUCUCGAGUUGUUGUUUUCGAGCCAGCAACAGGUCUCAAAGCCAAUCUUCUUCGUUCACUUUCCUCAAUUCCACCACAGCGAUUAACCAAAUCACCGACUGAAAGAAGUCGUUUAUAUCUAUUGAUUUGUUGGUUGCACGCUUUGGUUCAAGAACGACUUCGCUACACACCACUCGGUUGGUCGACUGCUUAUGAAUUCUCCGAUGCUGAUCUUCGAGUUGCUUGUGAUACGCUGGAUUCGGCUGUUGAUGCGGUUGCACAAGGAAGACCGAACGUUGAACCGGAAAGAUUGCCGUGGACAACAUUGAGAACACUUUUGAGUCAAUGUAUUUAUGGUGGAAAGAUUGAUAAUCAAUUUGAUCAGGUAAAUUUUUCAUCUCUAAAGAAUAUUCCCAAUUACAAUUUUUGCAGGUUCUUCUCGAUUGUGUUCUCGAAAACUUGUUCACCGCAAAAAGUUUCGAACAAAAUCAUGUUUUGAUUCCAAAAUACGAUGGAGAUUCAUCACUUUUCACUCCAAAUAUGUCGAAAAAAGAUCAAAUGGUUGGAUGGGUUGAAGAAUUGAAAAAUGAACAAUUGCCAGCUUGGUUGGGAUUACCAAACAAUGCUGAAAUUGUAUUAUUAACAAAACGAGGAGAAUCAAUGCUUCGAAAUAUGUUGAAAGUAACUGAUGAAGAAUUGGCAUUUGAUGAUGAUGGAAAAGAAGAAACGAAAAAACCACAAUGGAUGACACAAUUGGGAGAAUUGGCAAAACAAUGGUUGCAAUUGUUGCCGAAAGAAAUUGUGAAAAUGAAGAGAACUGUUGAGAAUAUCAAAGAUCCAUUAUUCCGAUUCUUUGAAAGAGAAGUGAAUUUGGGAUCGCAAUUAUUGAAAGAUAUUCGACAUGAUUUGAAUGAAAUAUUGGCGGUUUGCAAAGCUGAAAAGAAACAAAAUAAUGAGACGAGAGCAUUGGCUGCGCAUAUUCAGAAAGGAGAAGUUCCGAAUGGUUGGAAAAGAUAUACAAUUCCACGAGAUGUGACUGUUAUGGAUUGGAUGAGUGAUUUGAAUGAACGAUUCAAACAAUUGAUUCGAAUUGGAACAUCGGAUAGUUUGAGAAGAGAAACUAUUUGGUUGGGUGGAACAUUUUCACCGGAAGCUUAUAUUACGGCAACUAGACAACAAGUUGCACAAGCGAAUACUUGGUCAUUGGAACAACUCAGUUUGCAUAUUCAUAUUGGAAAAACUGAUGCAACAGAUGUAUUCAGAAUUUCUGGUUAGUUUUUUUUUGUUGAUUGAGAAAAUGGGUGAACAAACUUCGUAUCAUUUUUUAUAGAAUUUUAAGUGCUUUUUACAAAAUCAAGUAUUUUUAUUUUGGUUCUUCGCGCUCCAUGAGCCUAAAUUCAUCAUUUUCUCUUGUUCCAGCUCUCCAGAAAUUUUACGUUUCAAAAAUUCCAGAAACAUCUUUUUGAUCACAAAAAUACCACUUUUUCGGAAAGUAUGUAUAUAAAAUUUGUUCAAUCCAAUAUCUCUAUUUUCCAGGAAUUGAUAUUCGUGGAGCCAAAUCGACAAAAGGAAACGAAUUGGAAUUGUGUGAACAAGUUCGAAGUGAAUGCGAUGUUAUUGAAUUUAGCUGGAGACAGGUUUGUUUUUUUUUUUUUUAGUUUUUUUUUGUUUUUGAGAAUGAAAUUUGAAAAAAAAAUUUCAACUUUUUUUGAUAUCUAGCAAUUUUCCAAAAAAUUUUGUUUUUCCUAGGAAACUGCUGAUGGAACACGUCUUCCACUAUAUUUGUAUGGUGAUCGUCGUCAACUUAUCUCACCACUCGCUUUCAAAUUAUCCUCUUCUACUGUUUUUUAUCAAAGAGGUGUUGCAUUGGUCGCCAAUUCUUCGCUUUAA